AUGAUUACAGAUAUCAUCUCUCUGCAGUAUCAGAGCGGUAGCUCAUGGUAUCACACUUGUGGAGGAUCUAUCAUUGCCGAAAACUGGGUGAUGACUGCCGCUCACUGCAUCAGGCCCUUAUCCCGAAAAACUGCAGCAAGCAAAGUUGCUCUUGUGGGUUAUGAAACAUGCAUUAGGAGUUACUUUUGGGGUGCCAACGUCAAUUUAUCUAUGGUGUGUGCUGGUGGAGACGGCAUUGUUGCUGGCUGCAGUGGUGACUUUGGUGGUCCUCUGAACUGUCAGAACUUUGAAGGCAUCUGGGAGGUGCACGGUAUUGCCAGCUUCGUUUCUGAUUUGGGCUGUAACAUUGAGAAUAAGCCUGCUGUUUUCACCCGUGUGUCCACUUUCAAUGAUUGGAUCGACAAGACCAUGAUGAACAAUUAAGAUGGACCAAGGAUGCUGACCUUAUUUUAAUACUGAAAAAACCAACCCACCAAGAAAUAAAUAAAUGCAUAAAUACAAAUAAAUAAUUGCUCAACAAGG